UUGAAAAAUGUAGAGUGAAGUGUCACCUGCAGGACUUUUUCAACUUUAUUUUGAGAGCAUUAGGCUGAGUAACCAUGGUAGAAUCAAGUGUCUCUGAGGUCCUCUUUAUCUCUGUCAGUCACAGCAUCACUUUGAUGGGAAAGGUGUGGUUCAUUGUAAUGAUCUUCCUCCGGGUCCUGAUCCUCCUCUUUGCCGGAUACCCUCUGUACCAGGACGAACAGGAGAGAUUUGUCUGUAACACCAUCCAACCCGGUUGUGCAAACGUCUGCUAUGAUCUUUUCUCGCCCGUCUCCCUAUUCCGUUUCUGGCUGGUGCAGCUCGUCACCUUGUGUCUGCCUUACGUCAUCUUUGUCAUCUACGUCAUCCACAAGGUGUCCAACGCUCUCUCCGUGGCUCUGAACGCAACCGGACAUGCCAAAGCUUUUCAACUGUUCAAGGUCCACAAGGAGCAGUUCAACAAGACGUGUGUGAACAAGGUGCCAGUGGCGGUUGAGCAGAGAGGGGGGUUGCGGUGCUUCACGGGGGCCUACAUCCUCCAUCUGCUGUUCCGGACGCUGUUGGAAGCCGGCUUUGGGGCCGCUCAUUAUUACAUGUUCGGGUUCUACAUCCCCAGGAGAUUCCUGUGCCAGCAUGCUCCGUGCACCACCCAGGUGGACUGCUACAUCUCCAGGCCCACUGAGAAGACGGUAAUGCUCAACUUCAUGCUCUCUGUGGCCGCUCUGUCCCUUUUCCUCGAUAUUCUGGAUUUCAUUUGGGCCGUCAAACGAUCACUGAAGCAAAACAGCAAGAGGAAGAUGAUGGUUGAGAAAAUAUUUGAAGAGGAGCGCUGCUUCCUCUCUGCUGGUGUGGCAUCCACUUGCAGAGAUCCUAGCACAUCCACUACUCAACAAGAUAUAGAGGCCCAAUCCGAGAAAAUGGAAAAGCCUCCAUGCUGCAACGGUGGUAACAGUGACAUCUUAAUCUCCCAAGAGGAGGUUCUAGACAGGAAUGGCAGCGAGGUCGCCCUCUGCCCCCAGGAGACCAUAGCGACGCCAAGACCCAUUAGAGUCAGCAAACGCAACAAACUUAAACCUCCACCUCCACCCAGGCUGGACCUCAAACAACCCUCUGGGGAAUCAGUAGCACCGGUUAAAGAUGUUUCCAUGACAACUUCAGUCUGUACCCGGAGAGUGGGUCAGUAUUCACUGUUUGAACUUGGAAACGGUAUUGAGCCUCAAAGCGGUGAAGGCGGUCAGGAGAAAAGAUCAGAGUGGGUGUGA